CGUCCACUCCGUUAUCUGUCUUACUCUUGUCUUAUCUAUUUGCCUAUUAUUCUUCUAUACUUAUAAACUGCAUUUAAAUUUAUACUAAUAUCUCUGCUUGUAUAACCCCUCCGUUGCGAUAUCAAUCCCUCUGCAGGCCGUGACCGCGAAACCUCGCGUCUGCCUUUAUCCGGCCGGCGCUCACUUUCCAACCUCGCCUCAACCAUCCCCGAUUCGCGCGCGCAAACACAGAGAAAAGCUCUCUAUACCCAUAACCAUUUCGCAUAUCACGCCGUUUUUUCUUGGAUUUCACUAGUUUCUUAUUGACUUAGUCUAUUCCGGCCUUUUCGCGCCCAUAAAGCUUUACGGGUCCUAAUUGAAUCGGCAAGAUGCCUGAUGUUAAAAGAGGUAUUAGGCUGGUCACAGAGCAGCAGAUUGUAAACGGCGACUCCGGCGUCGAAGGAUUCCCGCUCCGAUCGUGGUCAAUCGAAGUCUACCAAGUCAACGAGCAUGGGGAGCUGGUUCCCGCCAACGUUUUCGACAAGGUGACAUACACCUUGCAUCCUAGUUUUGGGGAUAGAGCUGUUCAGGUAUUCAAAAACCCCCCAUUCCGGAUCUCAGAGGAAGGAUGGGGUGAGUUCGAUUUGUCGAUUACCCUUACCGCCGACAAGGAUUAUACCGUGACGCACGACCUCAACUUUGCGCAGCCACGCUACGAAUCCAAACAUGUCCUUACGUUCAAAAACCCCAAGCCUGCGUUAUUGGCGACCCUCCGCGAAACGGGACCGGUUCCCGGUGACGAGAAUGGUAUGAAAUCGAAGCGUGCGGCGGGAGUGGACGAGGGGUCGAAGAAGAAGAAGCGUGUGGAGAAGAAUGUCGACAUGGACAAAUUGGCAGACGGGCUUCAGCGCCUCGGGGAAGAUGACCUUCUCCAGGUCGUGCAGAUGGUACACGACAAUAAAGCACCAGACUCGUAUACCAAGAAUGACAUUGAGCAGGGCGAAUUCCAUGUGGACCUAUAUACCCUCCCAGACAAUCUCAUCAAGAUGCUCUGGGACUUUACACAAGAAAAGGGUGCUCUGUGAGGUGAAGGAUGAACGAAGCUUGUAAAAAUAGGAUUGCUACUGGUUGUUUUAUUGACUAUGACUGACUUGGCUGAUUGUUUCUUUCUCUUAAUUCUAUAUGAUACAUCUUGCAUGCAUUAAUGCAGCAGCACAUUGUUUGUUAAUUCGGUUUUUUCUUCGUCGCGCCUUUGCUUUUUGGAAUACAAUACACCUAAAGUACAGCUUGAGCUCUUCUAGUAUACGAGAUACUGAGAUAACGUC